AUGUCGAGCCAUGGGACCAAUGGAACACGCCCAGCUUUGGUGCCAACUAACAACGUCCUUACCCUAGACGGGGUUACCGUCCGGGCACGAAUAGACCCAACCCUUACUGUCGAGGAUGUAGUCAAGCAGCUCUGUGGCAGCUUGAAGAUUGCGGAACCCCCGUCCCACUUUGCUUUGAGAGACCAUUCUGGAGAGCUAGUCACCAAUGAAAACUUGAGACGGAAGAUCCAAAACAAGGUCGAUUUGAAGUCGGUCAUCGUCUUUACUUUUUGGGUCGGGAACAUUCACGCUUACCCCUUGUUCUCUAGGUUUGUCCAUGCGCCAGCGAGGGAGGCAAAGGUCAUAGCUGAAAAGCUGAGGGAGUGGAACAACGAUGAUAGUACGGACCUAAGGUUGACGGUAUUCUCGCUGCAGAAGUAUAUGAAGGAGGAACAAUUCGCCAAUGAAUUCCUGAAUAACAAUGGUCUCAGCUACCUCGUCAGAGUCAUCGAGACGGCCAGUGGGAAUACCCUUGCAUAUGCUCUGACUUCGUUGCAAAACCUGAUGGAAUUCGAAUACGGCUGGUCCACCCUCGACGAUGAGUUCAUCCUCCGAGUCGUCCGCAUUCUCUCGUCAUCUCAGUCUCCCCUCAAUGUGUGCCGUCCUGCGACAGCCAUCCUCAAGAAGUUGGUAGAGGCGGACCCAUCCAGUGCCCCUGGAACGCUGGCCAGCUCGAGCCGCAAUCCCCCGACCAUCCCCCCGGGCUCAGUGUACCGGUACGGCUUCAGCGUCGUUUUCGAGCAGAUGCGUAAGGAGAAGAACUUCCUCGAGACCGUGGUCAAUCGACUGGGAAGUGCAGACACGGUCAUGACACAGCAUAGCAUGAUGUUGAUCAAUUCGUUGCUCUCUCAUGCGAGUGAUGCCAGAUGGGAUGAAUUUAUCAAUGAAUUGGAGAGACUGAACGUCAGGAAAGCCGUUGUCCGCCUGAUGUCCCUUCACGAACUGGAAGAUCUCAUCUCCUGCAUUCUUGAUUUCCAAGCCAACAUCGUCCGUGUCACCCACAGAAAGAAGACGACGCCCGUCGACCCCGACCUAUGCGCAGACCAUUAUGACGCUCUGGAGGAAAUAUGGGAGGCCUCGAAGCUACAAGAGGAAUUUGACGAAGAAGGGUAUCCUCUGAAAUGGAGGAGGCUGGGCUUCGAAACUGAGGACGUUGCUGAGGAAUUCCGGGACGUGGGCGUCCUCGGACUUGAAUGCCUGCGCAAGUUCGUAAGCAGUGGGGGCGCUGACUUCUCGAUGCUUCUUCUUGAGCAACUCAGCCGACCAAUUGAGAAGCGAUGCCCAAUUGCUCGAGCAUCGAACGAGGUGGUCGAGCUCCUGUCAGAGCACUGGGCUAUUUUUGCACCAGGCUAUUCAACCUCGACGACUUUCCAACCGUUUUUCCUUGAUUUCCAGAAGGUCCAUUCGUUGGCUACCCAUUUCUUUAUCCGGAUGUGGGCUGAGAGUGGUGCGGCCACGGAGGAUUUUGUCAGGGUUGUUGCGCUGGUGCGAAGCCAGGUAAAGGUAGCGCUCAGAAGCGAGAACGCACGGCAGUGGCAUGAGGUAGAGGCUGAUUUCAACAGCGAGUAUCAGAAAGUUCGGGACCGCCAGAUGGAGGAGCUCGAGCAGGAGGAUGACCUUCUGAGCAAGGUUCCUGUUAGGAAUCUUCGGGCCAAACUAUACAAGGAGUCGUAUGAAUUCGUACGGGAGCAACGCAUACAAUGUCUUCUGCAGGGAGCAUGGUUCGUCAAUGCCGUGCCCGCAGGAACACCACGAGAAGCCAUGAGGAAACCUGCCCGUCCAUGGCGGUUUAUGCGCCUGGAUAAUGCCCUCAAAUACUUGCAUUACGUCGACAGCGCCGUCAAGUUCCCAGUUCGCAACGGGCUCGAAGACCUGCCUGACCGCAUUGACGUAUCCAUGAUCAACGAAAUAGCGACUGGAACCUGUUGUGCUCCUCCUGGGAUUAUACGCGACACAGAUGUCCCUGGUGGGAGUACACAGCCAUCGCCCUUGUCGUUCUCCCUUCUCAGUGCUCACGAAGGCUCGAUGGCUGAUCAAAUUGCGCCUGAUCAGUCGAGGUGGGCAGAUUGGACAGAUGGGUUGAACAUGUUGAGGAGGGACGGCGGACAUGUGGCGUCCAAGGAGACAGCUGGGUUUGUUCAUGCUUUGACCGAGAUUGGGUUGAAGAUCAAGCUACUUGACUUGUCGGGCGAGAUGGUGGAGAUACCGAACAACCUUCCUACUGGACAGCCACCAGCGAGUACAGACUUUUUCUUUGCUGACAUUUAAUGCAGCCUUUUAUCUUUCUAUUCUCUGACUAUUUGGUUCUACUACGCUGUUGUAACAAUUCUUUCUGACCUUUUCCCGUUUGAUUGUGUAUGUGCAUUGGCAUAGUAUACCUGCAUGCAUUCCCUCCUGCUUGUCCCUUCUGCUACGACGGGAAGAGCGAAUGAUGCCGUGGGGAUGUUCUCUCUGUCCCGUCGAUUUGAUGAUACCAACUUGGCUCUGUUUCUAUCUACCCCACGUCUAAUCCUUCUAACCCACUGUAUAAUCAAACCUGUCCAAACUCUUGAUCCCAUAUCGUUUAAACCAACUUGAAUAGACGAGUUCGUCGUGGCUCAUUA